UCGAGCAGCUUUGGAUACUCCAAAUCAGCUGCGAGUCCAUGGCGUGCGUCAUUGCGCAGCGGCGCGUCCAGCCCACAGUGGUUAAUGGAAAUCCGCUGACAGAGCACAACCAGUUGUUUGCGCGGGCAUAUGUGCGCGCGGAUCAGCAGGUGCUGGUUUAACUGGGUGGAAGUCACACUGACAUCAACGCACCGAUCUGAGGGACAGCGCUUGACGUUACGGACUCUUAUUUCCAGGGUGCGCUGACAUAUGUGACAUGCACGCGACGAUCUGCAGUUACAGAUAAAUUCCAGCUGGUGUCUCCGCUCAACUUGCAGCCAUGGCUUUCUCUGUAUCUGGAGGGACCGUGUUCACCAUCCUCCUAAUUAGCAGGCUGUUAGAGAGUUCUAUGCUCAACGCAGAAGUGAAGGAAGGAGAGAUUCUGCCUCCUACCAUUCAGAAGCUGAUGAAAGGAUACAACAAGUACCUCAGGCCUUUCUUUGACAACGGUCCUGUCACUGUGGGGAUGAGCCUGGACAUUGCCAGCAUUGACACCAUCUCAGAGAUUAACAUGGACUACACGGCCACCAUAUUCCUCCGUCAGCGCUGGACUGAUGAGCGUUUGGUGUUUGAGGGCAACAAGAGCCUGAGCCUGGACGGGAGGCUGGUGGAGCUGCUCUGGGUCCCGGACACCUUCAUAGUGGACUCCAAGAAGUCCUUCCUCCAUGACAUCACCGUGGAGAACAGGCUGAUCCGCAUCUUCCCCAACGGGACCGUCCUGUACGCACUGAGGAUCACCACCACCGUGGCCUGCAACAUGGACCUGACCAAGUACCCGAUGGACAAGCAGACCUGCACGCUACAACUGGAGAGCUGGGGUUACAACAUCAACGACGUCAUGUUCUACUGGACCAGAGGAAAUGAGUCAGUCAGCGGGUUAGACACCCUGCAGCUGGCUCAGUACACCGUGGAGGACCACUACACGUCCGUCUCAGAGGCCGUUUAUGAAACUGGUAAUUACCCUAAGCUGGUUUUCCACUUUGAGCUGAAGAGGAGCAUCCUGUACUUCAUCCUGGAAACUUACGUCCCCUCCAGCCUACUCGUUGUCCUCUCAUGGGUCUCCUUCUGGAUCUCCUUGUCUUCUGUUCCAGCACGCAUUUGUAUAGGUGUGACCACAGUGCUGACCAUGACCACUCUGAUGAUGGGAGCCCGGACGUCCCUGCCCAAUGCCAACUGCUUCAUCAAGGCCAUUGAUGUGUACCUGGGAAUCUGCUUCAGCUUCAUCUUUGGAGCGCUCAUCGAGUACGCCGUGGCUCACUUCUGCACCCUGACUCACGCUGACGCACACAUGCUCAUGUACGGCCACCACAUGCACGACUUUGAAGACGAAAUGAACGGCAUCGUCACCACCAUCUCCACUCACUCCACCAGAGCAAAGAGACGCAAGGAGCCUGCUGCUACUCCCACCCCAGCUCCUACCUCUCUAGAACUCACUGUCAGCCCAUCCAGCCCCUCGGGCAGUGAGCCAAAGCCUGAGGCGUCACCCCCGGAGCCGACCCACUGGUGCAUCACUGUUCUGGCCACCGUUCGCAAAGUGCUCAGCGCCAUAUACUGCUGUCGCAUUGAAAACCCCCACCACAUAGACAACUACUCCAGAGUCACAUUCCCCCUCUCGUUUGUCAUGGUCAAUCUGCUCUACUGGACAUAUUAUCUGUACUUUUAGCACUAGCUUGAAGCCUCGUGUGUCACAGAGAGCCUGCGACACAGCGUAUGUAGAGGAGAACUGUAUUUUAUCGUAUGUAUGUACAGUAAGUGUUAUUAACGUGUGUUUGAGAUGAGAGUUUUAAUUUUUUAAUUUUGGAUUCAUGAGCAAAGCAGAAUACACAUAUCAGAUUGUUUUAAGGAGAAAGUCAUGGUUAUGAUGACAGCUACAUGUUGAAAUAUUAGUCACUAUUUUGAGUCCCCACAAUAUAUUUACAUUUGCGGGUUUUUAUUGAAAAUUAAGCCGACCUCAUGACUGAGUUUUGGUCAAUUUGUAUAAACCUUAACAUCCGGUUAAAAAGAAAGAAGUGGCCCUUCUGCAUAAUUAUUCACCCUGAAGUUUAUUUCUGGAUUGAUACUUAACUUCCUUUCCUUUUCUGCCUGCAGGUACAACAUUUAGCAGGGAAAUAUGAAAAUAAUGGAUUUGAGAAGGGUUUUUUUUAACUCCAGAGGAGCAAGCUUGAAAUCGAUUAGGAGAGUGUGUUACAAACGCUCUCCUAAGGACGAUCAUGUCCCCUUCCCUCUCUUUUGUUACCUUCAUGAGUUUCUGAAUUCACCGAGCGGUGCUGUUUUUGCUUUGCCGGCAUUCAUUGUUUUCAUUGACGUCAUAAAUGUAGUGGCCUUUGAUCCCUUCAGUUGUAUUCUGAAAAUCUGGCACAAAAUCCAUCCACAGUGUGAAAGCUCUUGUCGACGCAAAUAUCUGUGCUGCAGUUUUCAUAAAGAAGGUGGGUUAUGAAACACUAUGCCCCAGUCUGAAACCACACACUCAUUCCCUACAAUCCCCCAUACGGAGUUCUCUUUUGUUGGCUGUAUAGUGAAUGAUAGGCAUAAAAAAAGAAACAUUUCUGACACUGCUUGCUGCUGUCUCGCCAGCCGCUGAUAUAACAUCAUUGCUGUCACACAACUGCGCAACCACUCCAACGCUGGCUGAGGCUAUAAACAAUAACAGCAUGUAUUUCAGUGAUUACUAAUCUUAUACUGAGCAUAUUUUCACAAAACAAUUACAUAUAGUGAAUACGUUUAAAAAACUGUAUUUGUGUUUAUGGUCUCAGGCCUGUCAGGAUCAUAAAACAAAACUAACAUUAUUUACUCUUUAUUAAAACGGCAUCAAGUUUUGGUAAAAAGGCCACCAAAUAUAAAUUGUUUAGUGUCUUCUGUGGUCCGUUUUGUUGCUGGUUGUCUUCCAUCUGCUAUGGAUAAGAGCCUUGUGUGAAAGUGAUUGCAUAGAGACUACGAGUUGUACACUACUUUUCACAAUGCAUUGUGGGAUACAAAAAGUCCACUAUAUUGGGUUUAAUAUUUCUCACUCAUAACUUGGACAGCACUGUUAAAUGGUUUAUUCACUAU